AUGGUGAAAGUGCUCUUGACCGGCGGCAGCGGAUUCAUCGCAGCUCAUAUUAUUGAUAUCUUGCUGCAGCGUGGAUAUGAGACAGUAGUGACAGUUAGAUCUGAAGAUAAGGGAGAAAAAAUUCUUAACGCUCACCCCAAUACACCGAAGGAGAAACUUUCAUAUGUUAUUGUCAAAGAUGUCGCAGAAGAAGGCGCAUUCGACGAAGCCGUUAAAUCUAACCCGCCCUUCGACUAUGUCCUCCAUACUGCCUCUCCUUUCCAUUAUAAUGUUUCAGACCCGGUGAAAGAUUUCCUGGACCCAGCAAUCAAGGGGACAACUGGUAUCUUGAAGGCAAUUAAAGCCUACGCCCCAUCAGUGAAGCGUGUCGUGGUUACGUCCUCUUUUGCUGCAAUUGUCAAUGUCAAGGAACACCCUAAGGUCUACAGCGAAGAGAACUGGAACCCUGUGACCUGGGAGGAAGCAAUGGACCCUUCCCAAACCUACAGAGCCAGCAAGACAUUUGCCGAGAAGGCCGCCUGGGACUUUGUUGAGAAGGAGAAGCCAAACUUUGACAUUGCGACGAUAAAUCCUCCUCUUGUUUUGGGGCCUGUUGUGCCUUAUCUGAAUUCACUAGACGCAGUCAAUACUUCGAACAGCCGUAUUAGCAACUUGGUCCGUGGUAACAACAAGGACGGGCUACUUCCAACCGGAACUUUCCUUUGGGUAGAUGUUCAUGACGUUGCAUUGGCCCAUGUGAGAGCAAUUGAGGUUUCAGAAGCAGGUGGACAAAGAUUUUUCCUUGUCUCUGGCUCUUAUGCGAACAAAGACCUUGCAGAUAUCAUCCGCGAAGCAUAUCCCGAACUUGAGGAAAAACUGCCCCCUAAGGAUUCCGCUAGUGACCUGCCAGCCAACGUCUAUGGCUUUAACAACAAGAAGUCUAUUGAGGUAUUAGGCAUCAAGUACCGGUCAUUGAAGGAGUCGGUUGUCGAUACAGUCAAAUCAUUGUUGGAGGUUGGUGCAUAA